AUGAAUGGGCCUCGUCCCUCGACCUGGGUCUUUCUCUGUGAUCUCCCAUCGUUGGCGACGGAUACUAAAGUUCGCUUUCUAGGCUGCGUGAGGCAAUAUGAUGUCAACACCGGCAAUCUAAUUCUGGAGCACAACUAUCCAUUGAAAAAAACCGACCCCAACUCAGUCUCAGUGGAUGUCAAUGCCGUACUGCAGGACCUCACCUCGGAGGAGCUUCGGGUCGGCGCUUGGCUAAACGUUCUGGGCUAUGUCCGAGACUCAGGCACGUCAAGCCCAUCGUUCUCCUCGUCUCAACUUAGCUCACAGCAAUCUACUGGGCCUUCUGAGACCGUGACGGCACCAAUUAGAGUCACACCUCGACCGGUACACAUCGACGCUGUGAUGGUCUUUCCAGCGGGUGGUAUCGCAUUGGGCGAGUACGAGCGUAUCCUGCGCAAUGCACAAGACGUGGAGCGGCGCCUGCGUAUUCCUGUAUGA